AUGAAUUCGUACAAUGACGAUCAAUUAAAAUUGAUCACCUCUAUCGAAAACGACGAUAUAGGAACGGCAAUAGAGAUCUGCACCACGAGAUUCGAUAAAAAAUUCUUACAGCCUGUUGGAGUACUGCGCGUGACUAUCGUUCAGUUGGCUGCUUGGCAAGGGAAUAUUGAAUUAUUGCAACUGUUGUAUGAAAAUGGAGCUGAUAUCAAUGCCACGGACAAAAUUGGCAGAUGUGCGCUUUUUCACGCGGCGCAUCAUGGAAACUGCGAAGUGGUGAAUUGGUUGUUGGAACAUGGAGCUUCCACGGAAAAUAGAGUCGGGGUUGAUUCUUGUUACAAGAAUACUCGUUCUCCUUCGAACCUGUGUUUUAUUGGUCAAAACUUACCUACACCAGAGUGUUGGGGAAGGACACCCAUGCACCAAGCUGUGAAGAACAAUCACGCUGCGGUAGUCAAGAUCCUGGUGGAAGCUGGUGCUGAUGUGAACGCGGAAGACGAACGAGGAAUCACACCAUUGCUUCUAGCAGGGACCGCAAUCGUAAAAGAAGAUUUCAACGAAAUUUCCAAAUUUAAUGACAUCGUCGAGAUCCUCGUAGCAGCGAAAGCUUCGACCAACGUCAUCGAUCCUAAUACAGGUACUACCGUAUUGCAUACUGCGACCUCACUAGGAAGUUGUUCGGCGACGAAAAGGUUACUGAACGGUGGUGCGUGGCCUCUUUAUCAAUGCAAAGGCACAGGAAGUACUCCUCUUCAUCUCGCUGCCAGCACGGGUAACCCAGAGGCGCUUUCGAUCCUUCUAGAGAGCAUACCUUCUUGUGAUAUCGACAUUCGAGAUAACAUCAAUCGAACACCAUUGCAUAGAGCAGCUUACCAAGGUCACCACGAGUGCGUUCGAAUACUAAUCGAUCACGGUGGCAAUUUAGGCGCAGAAACGAACACGGGAAUUACUGUCAUCGAUGCCAUAUUUGCUCACAUACCAACACCAGUCUUAUUUCUAAACGAUAUUCUGUCUUCCCGCGUUAAAAUGAGUUCCGUUGAAAGUUCCGUGGAAAAUUCCCAGAUCACCAUUGACUUCAACGUGCUAGCGCCAAAAGGAGAGCUGCAAAUGGGAGUAGUUACGUCCCUUAUUGCAGCAGCCUCGAACGUGGAACAAUUGACGAUACUACAACAUCCGCUGGUGGAAACGUUCCUCUGGUUGAAGUGGUCCAAGUUGAGAGUAUUCUUCUUUAGUCUCGUCUUCGUCCACGCCCUGCUGGUCUUUUCCCUGUCUGGUUAUUCCAUAACGAUAUUGCAAUACGAGACUGAUUGCGGCCUGUUGCGGAGGAUUCUCUCUUCCUGUUCUUGUGUCCUCUUCCUUCACAAUGUCGUUCAAGUGCUGAUGGUACCUAGAUAUUAUCUGAGACAGUACGAAACGUGGCUAUCGUUCACCUGCGCGGCGAUAUCUCUGACGAUUUCAAUGGGUAACGCUUAUAGAAGCGAGAUUACGGCUUCAUCAGGGGAAAAGGAAUUACACGAUGCUCGACAGCCCCUUCAAUGGAUGUUGCAUUCCAUCAGCCUGGCAAUCCUGCUUGCCUGGAUGCAAAUGAUGCUGUUAAUCGGCCGCCUUCCAAUGUGCGGAUAUUACGCGCUCAUGUUCUCCACGGUGCUGAAGAAUAUUCUGAAGGUUCUCCUAGCGUUCGUCUGCCUGAUUGUCGGAUUCGCGUUCAGCUUCGCCGUUUUGUUCCACGGGAACGACCAGUUUCGCAAUUCCUGGAGGGCCGUCGUGAAGACCGUGGUAAUGAUGAUGGGUGAGUACGAGUACGGGGCUCUGUUCUCGGACGAGAAGAAUGGGAGUUCCUUCCUACCAGCCACGAGCAGGGUCGUGUUCCUCGCUUUCGUCAUGCUCGCUAGUAUCGUCCUGAUGAACCUGAUGAUCGGCCUCGCGGUCAAUGACAUCCAAGGCCUCGAGAAAGAGGGACACAUUCGCCAAUUGCUGAAGCAGGCCGAGUUUGUGGCUCAUUUAGAAAGACUAGUGCUGACAUCACAUCGAAUCUUUCGCCGCAAUUGGCUACAUCCUCGGUUAGCCAGGCUGCUAGACUCGAGGCGAGGCAUUCCCACAAAAAUUACGUUCUGUUAUCACGAACGUUAUUUCCAUGAAUCAUCCCUCGGCGUGCCAGCGAGGCUGAGGGAGGCGUUGUUUCUGCUCGCCUUGGGAAACUCGCGCGACACCGAAAGCAGGCGUGAAAAUAACAACGGGGACGAUAACGUGGAAUUAAAAGCGCUGUUGGAGGAAGUGUUGUUGCAAUUAAGGGUACCUUAUUAUCCGUCUGCCAUGAGAAAGUUUUCAGUACCUUAUAAUGCACGAACUCAAACGGGACAGAGGAAGAUUGCUAACCAGUGAAGAAAUAUAUAUGUAUACCUUUUUCUUAUGUUUUUAUUAAAAUAUCGAUGAACU